AUGUAUUCUCAUUCUACCUCAGCUCGCCCUCGUGACGAGCUGUACAUGACCAACACCAUCUCCGAAGAUCUGAGCGGCAAAGACGCCUCACAAGAGCAACCGCAAGAACAUCACAACAACCAGGAUUACUCAUUCAAACAGCAGAACGUCGCCCGACGAAACCAGUUGGCUGCGUCCCAGGGCAGCGCAUACCAAAGACCACUCGAGCCUAAUAUUCCUACCUCUUAUUUCGGGGCGUCGGUGGCCAACAACCAAAACAUGCCAGGCCCCUUUCCGCCGGGUCCUGUUGCUUAUCAAUAUCCUCAAGCCCCGGUGUAUGAUACCUAUGCCCCUCCCGCUCCUGCAAGGCAACGGAUUCCGAGUCCACCGUCUGUGGACUCAUACGAUAUGAAUCCGCAGUACUUAAACACCGGUCGAUCAGACAUGUACACUCCUCCCAGCCAAGGAAGUGUCUCUGUAUCAGAGGCCAAUGACCUCAAAGCCCAAAUUGCAUCACUUCGAGACAAGGUCCGGGAGCUGGAAGGAAAACCUGUUAUGCCUACAGCCUCAAAGUAUCAGAUCCUUUAUCGGAUUGAGAAAGACGGCACCUAUCCGAGUGAAAAUCACAGCAUGGAGGAUAGUGAUGAUGAAUUCAGCCCCAGGCCUCCUAGGCCCUGGCCUCACAGGUCUCCGUCCAGGUCUCCAUGGAUGGGGAUUUACACCGACCCCCCUGAGCUCAUUCAUCGAAACAUGGGUGCGCCAUACCUGCGAUGCAAUGAUCCGCUGACCAACUUCGAGUUGUACCUCGCUCUCAACAGAGACAUAUCUUUUGUAGUCUUCCGAAACUACAAAAGAAGAGCCGAGCCACAGUCACCGAACACAAAGUAUGGAAAGCCAGAACCAUUCAGCGAGUCCAUCCUCCCCGUUUCUGAAGAUCUCAAAGGCGUGAUCGCAGAUUUCCUCGGGGGCAAAGAGUUUCGAUCCAUGAACAACGCCUACCGGGACACAGGAGAGGUCCAGUCGCCUUAUCUCUUCGUCUACCAUAGCCGGGGCGCUGGGGAAUCGGAAAUCAGACAAGGCCUGAGCUCUGAAGCGCAAAGACAAUUCGACCUCUUCAUGGAUUAUGUCCAAGAGACUUGCGGCAAUGAGUACACCGCAGCAGACCUGCUUUUGGAGAAAGGCAGAAUUCGCCCAGAAUAUGUGCAAUAUCUGUUCAAGCCCAAUGAAGUCCUGGUUUCGAACAAAAACAAAGAGCACAUAGGUUAUUUAGCCAAGAAUUGGCCAUGUCGAAGUAUAGAAACCCAUGGCAACAAUCCUUGUUGGUGGAUCAGUGUUCAGACCUGGGACUUCGAUGGCGAGUUUUAUAAAACUCGGACUAGGCUCAGUUUUGAGAUGCCAAAGUCACAACAUGCCACGGAGAUGUCGUCAUCGUCUAAAGUGGAUUAUUUGUCGCAUGGUUCUAGCCUUCCUCUACCAGACAGUGACUCAGACAAAGAGUAUGCUAUCACGGACCUUGAGGUAUUCCCAAUAAAGUAUGCCCCUGACUAUCUCGUCCGGAAACUUCGACGCCGUGGGGAGAUUUUCUGGACAUUCCGCACACAGAAGUAUGUGUCCUAUCAGGCGACCGAGGAAGAGAAUUUCCAGACCAUGGCCAAUGACCGAUACAUCAUUGACAUGAAGACAUACAACAGACUACAUCCAGUAUCGGACGGGUAUUUGAACAACGGCCCACGCAGAAAGACACUUGAUGACCGAGUCAUGGCCAGAGAAAAACCCCCACAAGAGCCGUUCAGCAUGUUGAUGCCUCCGAGGGUGACUGGCUUCAACCUCCGGCGCAAGAAAUGGUUCGAUCUCUUAGUCGACCGUAUCUCACAUGUCGAGUGGAACAAAGACGCCUUCGAGAGUCUAGCCAUCGACUCUAAAUCCAGAGACCUCAUUGAAGCACUGGUGACCAACCACGUCGAACCCAAGUAUUCCGCCGAUGUGAUCGCUGGCAAAGGCAAUGGACUUAUCUUGCUUCUACACGGUGGACCAGGAACAGGGAAAACACUGACUGCAGAGAGUGUGGCUGAAAUAGCCGAGAGGCCUCUCUAUAGAGUCACAUGCGGUGACGUCGGCAUCAAGCCAGAAGAGGUGGAGAAGUAUCUCGAGUCUGUGCUACACCUGGGCAAGAUCUGGAACUGCGUAGUCCUGCUCGAUGAAGCAGAUGUUUUCCUCGAGCAGCGCGGUCUGGAAGAUCUGAACCGGAACGCGCUCGUAUCGGCAUUCCUACGCGUGGUGGAGUAUUUCGAAGGAAUCCUGAUCCUUACCACCAACCGCGUAGGCACCUUCGAUGAGGCAUUCAAGUCGCGCAUCCAGCUGGCACUGCACUAUCCCCCCCUGGGCGAGGAGCAGAGACGAUCCAUUUGGCAAACUUUUAUCAAGCGCCUGGAUGGGUUUGAUGAAGAGGCUGUUGAUGAAAACCUUAUGGGGAGCUUGGAUGUGCUUCAAAAAGAGAAGUUGAAUGGUCGACAAAUUCGGAAUGCCAUUACCACUGCUCGCCAGUACGCGAAAUGGAAAAGGGAGGUUCUCAGGUAUCAUCACCUCAAAGAUGUGAUUGAGGUGUCUGCGAGAUUCGAUGAUUACUUGGAUAACAUUCACCGCGGUGGUCUCAUGCAGGUUUGA